AUGAUCGCUGCUCUCGCCGUCAACGCGCUGCUGCCCGGUGCGCCGCCGCCGCAGACCACAGCGACUCGGCGCGGGCUCCUUGGCGGCUUUGCCGCUCUUGUCGCUGCGCCCGCCGCCAGCCACGCCGUCACCGCACGGACCGGCCUUUCCUCGGUCUUCACGGGUGAGUACGACGACCCACAGCACCCGGGCUGCUUGCGCUCAAUCAAGGUGGGCGGCGCACCCAUGCUGCCAAGCGGCCGCCGCUCGCGCAAUCCGCAGGCCGCCAUCGCCGGCGUCGAUAGCGCGUGCGAUGCGAGGCCUGAGGCGUCGGCAGUGUGGAAGCUGACUGGCUCGGUCGCGGAGAGCGGCGAGUCAAUCGCGAUCGACUUUUCGCCAAAGGGAGGGCCAAAAGACCUCCUUGGCGUUUGGGAGGGCGACGGCAUCAAGUUCCCUGACGGAAACAAGUGGACCAAGGUCCCGAAUGGAACACCGAGCCGCAGGCCCGCUAGCCUCGCGACUCUCAACUCGGACUAG